AUGCCGAUACAUACCUUCACAAGUGUGAUCCAACCAUCGGCACAUACGCAGGAAUGGAAUCGCUUUCGGUGGUACGCUUCUUGCGUAGUCCGUGUUCGCGCCAUCAUCGACCACAACGCCCUCGAGCUGUGGUCGGACAGAGGGGGCCCUCCUCUGCUUCCUAGUCUGCAGAGCGCACGUUUUCGCUUCGAUCCCCGCUGCGUCCAGCGCAUGCUGCGCUUGCUUUCGGCCCCCAUGCGCGACCUCACCCUCGACUUCGACUCGCCCAGCCACAGGGCUUGGGACGGCUCGCGAAUGAGCACGGCAGACAUCUUGUCCAACAUGGCCACACGGUCCCCCGACGUCGAGGUUCUGAACCUCACGUUCAGAACGUACCCGCAGGACGUGUGUCCAGUUCUUCCCAAAUUCUCGUGCCUCCGGGUCCUCGUCGUCACCGGAUGGAUGACGCCUUCGCUGCACAAAGCCAUCGAGGCCCUCAACCAUCUCGAGACCCUCUAUGUCAAGCUGUACUGGGCACGCGCGGAGGCAGGCAUGGAAAGCCUGCAAGUCCGCCGCUACGUCUCGGUGAAGACGAUCGUCAUCCUCACGCUCUCCGAGCCGCUCAUCUCCGCGUUCCGAUCCACCGAGUUCCCCAUGCUCGAAUGCGCGCGCCUCGAGGUGUGGCCGCACUCGAGCGACGCCACGGAAGGGCUCACCCAAGCCAUGGAGAACCUGCGCAACCACGCCUCGCGGCUGCGCAGCUUCUACCUCACCGCACGCUCUGCGACGGCGCACGGCGACCGGCCGCCGCCCCAGCUGACGACCGUCAUCGGGCCGCUCCUGCGCAUCCCGAUCAUGGAGAGCCUGUCCAUCACGCUCGAGGACAACUACAGCUUCGCGCUCACGCGGGACGACAUCCUCGCCUUCCCCGCCGCAUGGCCACAUAUCACCACGCUCUGUCUCGCGCACGCGCCGCUCGCCACGUCUAGCCCGCCUCCGUCCAUCAGGGUGUUCUUCGAGCUCAUCGCGGCGUGCCCUCGCCUCGAGACGCUCGUUCUCUGCGCGCGAUUCGACUGCGGGGGGCGCGGCGAGUGGCAGGACGUGUCUGUCUCGCCGCAUGCCACACUGCGCGGCCUCUUCCUUGGGCUCUUGCUGGAGACGGGCUCGUACAACCCGGAGCGGACGUGGCGUGCGCUUGCUGCCGCGGUCGAUCGCGCGGUGCCGUGGAUGGACCUGGACCGCAGACUCGUCAGGGCUGAGGUUGUCGGGGCGCAGGCGGUGGAGACAUGGCGCGGGGUGGUAGGGCAUAUUCGGGAUCUCCGGAGUGAGAGUGCUGUGCACGCCCCCAGUUCCCCCGGAUGGUGA